AUGGCUACCGGUGUCCCCAAAAUUGAUGAGUUAAAAUCCUUAGGAAACCCUUUGGAAGAUGCUAAAAGAGCUGCUGCGUACAGAGCCGUUGAUGAGAAUCUAAAAUUUGAGGAUCACAAAGUUAUCGGAAUCGGUAGUGGAAGUACGGUCGUUUACGUUGCCCAGAGAAUUGGGCAAUAUUUGCAUGACCCUGAAUAUUCUGAUCUGACGUCUAAAUUUGUUUGCAUUCCGACAGGCUUUCAAUCUAGAAACUUAAUUUUGGAUAACAAACUGCAACUAGGCUCUAUUGAACAGUACCCUCGUAUCGAUAUAGCAUUUGAUGGUGCUGAUGAAGUAGAUGAGCAUCUACAGUUAAUUAAAGGUGGUGGGGCCUGUUUAUUUCAGGAAAAAUUGGUUAGCACAAGUGCCAGAACCUUUAUUAUCGUUGCUGACUCAAGAAAAAGGUCUCCAAAGAAUUUAGGCAGGAACUGGAGACAAGGUGUCCCCAUUGAAAUCGUGCCUUCCUCAUACGUUAGAGUCAAGAAUGAUCUAUUGGAACAAUUGCAUGCUGAAAAGGUUAAUAUCAGACAAGGUGGGUCUGCUAAAGCCGGUCCUGUCGUGACUGACAAUAAUAACUUCAUUAUCGAUGCCGAUUUUGGUGAGAUCAUCGAUCCAAGAAAUUUGCACAAAAGUAUUAAAUUGUUAGUCGGUGUAGUGGAAACAGGUUUGUUCAUCGACAACGCUUCGAAAGCUUACUUUGGUGAUUCUAAUGGUGCUGUUGAGGUCAUGGAAAAGUGA